GUCACAUGACGGUGGUCCACGACCCGCUGAGGACGUUGUCGGUGCUGGAGCCGGGCGGGCCGGGCGGCUGCGGGAUGAAUCACACGGCCUCGGUGGAGGAAACGGCGAAGGCUGCCGGGUGUCUGUACGCCCAGAACGCCGGCUUCUUCAACACCGCCAAAGGCUGCUGUCUGGGCAACGUGGUGAGCGACGGCAGGAUGGUGAGGGACGGCGGCGGCGUGCAGAACGCCCAGUUUGGAAUCAGGAGGGACGGCACCCUGGUGUUCGGGUAUCUGUCGCAAGAAGAUGUUUUGGACCAGUCCAACCCCUUCGUCCAGCUGGUCAGCGGUGUGGUGUGGCUGUUGAGGAACGGCGAGGUUUACAUCAACCAGAGUCUGAAGGCCGAGUGCGACAAGACGCAGGAGACAGCUGGACAUUGUCUGGCCAAACAGAUGUUUACAUCUUGGAGAAGAGACGAAGAAGCUCACCGAGAGCAGCCUCAUCUGACAGAGCGAACGUGGCUGAUAAUCACCUUCACUCUGGCCUCGCUGCUGUCGGUCAGCCUUCUGGUUCACCUCGUGCAGGCCUGUCGCGGCUCGGUGGCGGCUCGCCUCCCCGAACGUCGAGACUACUCCUACGUGCCGCUGAACGACAUCAACGGCGCCGCUUCACGCGCCAGAGCAGGCGACGGGAAAGGGGGAAUCGGAUUUGACGACUCAGACUCUCAGGAUGAAAUCUGGUCUCCGUCGGGGAGAUCGUAGCUGUCGGGGGGGACAGAGGACGACGAGUGAGGACGCUCUGUUAUUGCACAAAGACAAACAGCUGAGUCUGGACCGAUGUGAUGUGUGACUUUAACCGACUGUCCUGCUGAAGUGAAAAGAUAAAGGACGAAAGCACAAGAGUUUUGCUACAUUCGUUUUUCUGUCGGCAGCUAAUCAGAUUUUCACCGUUUUCGUUUACAGUUCAGACCUUUUUAAAACCGAUCAUGAAAGGAAAAGAGGUCCAAGCUUUCUUUGUCUCUCAGCUGUCUGAUGGAUCCGGAUGUUUGAACCACAGUUCUAGUAUAGGACCAGGUUUUGAACUCGUUGUCAUGAUGAACUUUGAACUCACACCAGGUGCCUGUAUUACAAAGCAAAAUGAAUGUGUUAUCCAGCGAUCUUUGGCGAUCACAAAGCCGGUUCGCUACCAGGGUUGAUCACCGCGGUAACCUACACGGCAACGGCCCGAUUUCUGACGAAUGAGAACCCUAAAAAUGUGGUUUUAUCAUUCCUACAGGAUCCUGAUAACAAAGACCAAUAAAGAGCUUUUAGUAUAUCAAUAGAAUAACUUCAUUUCAUUAAAAGUCUGUUGCCAACUGACAUAUCCACUCGGGUAGUAUUUUGCUGGCGAUAACGUUGGCAAACAAGCCUUCAGCAGCGUUUAACAACGUUAUCUGGCGCCUGACAAUAUGACAGUAUAUUUCACAAGCUUUACAGUAAUGUUAGCUUUGACUCAGGACUCUGUGUUGUGGUGGGUUGUCGGCCGCUUGUGGACGUUAACGGACUUCCUUUUGUAAGCUGACGUUAGCACAUUGUUGAUACUGCAGGAAAGCGAAUAGUGAGGGAGCUCAGGAGCAUAAAUUACAUUACAACUGGCAAUAAAAUGUGAUUUAUACAUGAAAAUAACACGCAAAAUGCUUCAUAAUCUUACAUAGGGGACCUUUAAGUAGAAACUAUGUAACAAACAGAAACCACCCAACCUAAUUAAUGCUGCAGUUUCUUUAAUAUUAGACAUAUGUAGUCGGUUUGUCAACAAAAAGCACCAAAAAUGUCUUAAAACUCAAGUAAAACCUCUUAACAUCUUAAAUAAAGACAACCAUGUAUAAAAAGUGUUUGUACGUGUUUGUAGCUGGAGUGGAAACCAGCUUGGUGAUAGUAGUUAUCCAGGAUCUCCAGUGUUAGCUCAUGAUACAGGCUCCUGGUGGAGUUUCUACUUGUUGCCACGUAAUCAGAUGAACUUUGAACCUUUUUAAAGCAGGAAGCUCCUGGUGUUCAAAACAAACUGAGGACUUUUUUAUCAGAGAAUUUCUUAACAACAUUUAACAUUUUUAGAUGUUUUUUGUUAUAACGCACUGAGCUCCAUGUCUGAAUGUAAAAAUAACCACGAGGUUAAUGUUCUUUACAAGAUUAAAGAUGCAACAAGUAUUCAGUUUCAGCUUCUCUGUAAAAAUGUGCCAAACUUUGUAUCUCAUCAGGAUUUCUUACUGUUGUCUUUAUAAUGUCAUUUGUGAAUGUUAUCAAACUGCUGAGAUGUGCCUGUUUUAAACACAUAAAUAAAUGUAAAUAUCAGGUUUUGACCACUGAGACAUGAA